UUGGAAACGUUAAUAUAAAACCAGAACAGCAGGCAUCCACUUUUAAUAGAUAUCUUCGACAAGAACUCCUCUUGAAGCAUAGAAAUGGCGUUAAAAAUUAUCUUUUAUGUUUUAACUUUGUUCAUUCUGGACGCUUAUGCUUUUUCAAACAAGUAAGUCUCUGAUUUAUCAAAUGUUUAAGGGCUAAUAUCGAUUUGUAACACAGCUGUGUAUAAAAUGUCACAUUUAUAUAAAUAAAUAUAAAGUAUGCUGUAUGUUUGCGUGGUAUACUGCAACUUUUCGUUGUAUUUUGCAUCGAAUAGUUUAUACAUCUAUCGUUAGCUCUUUCCAAAAGAAAAUUAUGUGGUUUGUUUUUCAAUAUGCAGAGUUUUAGGUUGAUAAAUUUGAUAUAUUGGGUUCAGCAAUCGAAAAAUUAACGUAGCAAUUAAUAUAUAUUCGUAUUAUGAAUAUUUGAUGGCUUUGGUAUAUUAAAAUUUGACAUUGUUACUACUGUAAUAAGAGCUUUGGUUAAGAGCCAGAAAUUUUGCUUUUGUAAGAAAUUUUGCUUUUGUACUGUAAGUUCAUAUACUUGACUAUUAGCCUGUUACUUGUGAACCAAUAUCAAUAAUUAUAGUUGUUAAGUAAUGUCGUCUAGUGUUUAGCGAGCAAUCCGGCAAUGCAAGUUCGCACUGCUUGUUCCCAGUUGUUGACAAGUCUGGAACAAGUUGUUAUCAUCUUGUAACAAGGUUGACGAGGCCAACAGACUCGCAACAAGUUGUUCCAACAACGUCUAGAAUAUUGUCUGUAUGUAACAGGUUGAUUAAUACAACAAGCUGACGACAACAAGUUUGUAGCAACUUGUUACAAACAGCCUGUUUUAAUCUUAUUGGAACAACUUGUAGCAAGUCUGUUACCAUCAUCAACCUUGUAACAUGGUGAUAACAACUUGUUUUGGAGUGCAAACACAUCCUGAUAUUGGCUUGACAACAACCUUGUUACAACUUACUGUAUUUACACCUGUAUAUUGGCUCCUAGCUCCACCAGAGUAUAAGUCAGGCCAAUUGCAGUGCUUUGACCCACUAAGCUGUGAUCAUGUGCCCGAAUACAUGCAACUAUCAUUUUACUCUAAUGCCAGGCAAUUUCACUCCCCAAUUAGGGGUGAGUUAAUUUCUGCAUUAAUGGUUAGCCCAUUGAACACCUUAAAGAUGCUGUAAAGUCCGUUUUGCGCAUAUAUUCUGCACGUCAACACAUUCCAUCAGCGGGGGAGCAACCUUUGGAAUGUUGUUAAUAUUUUGCACCUUCCGAACUUUCUUGAAUUGAAUCUCUAGUCUGUAUUCAUUUACAAGCUUAGCGAACCGAAAGAGUGUUAAAAAUUCAGUAUAAUAUAUAUCUAAUCAUAUUUUACAACUGUACUACUGUAACACUGAUUUCAAAAUGUAAACAAAGCGUUCGUUUACAUUACAGACUUUACAUCACCUUUAAAAACAAGUAAAACUAGAGGGCACUCAGAGACUGCAUACCUCCGCCCGUUACUCGGAAGUGAAAGGCAACCUUGGAAUUUCCUAAGAAAUCCACUUUACAAUUCUUAAGCAUAAAAGAUUUCAGGGCCCCGCGAAUUGAAAUCGAAUUGCUAAUAGAACAUAUUACUGUUGUUGUGCUGUACAGUACUUGUAAAAUAAAAACUUAUUAAGUGUCAUUAAAUAAAUGCAUAAAUUUUGCUUUAUGCACUCGCGCGUGCAGUAAUUUUCACAGUUGUGCUAUUUUAAAUUCCAGGCAGCUAAAAUCUUUUGUCUUUAAAACAAUGUCGAUUUCUUGGGAAAUUCCGAGGUUGCGUUCUUUUUAUACACCCUGUAUUGAAGUAAUCUAAUGUUGUUAGAAUUUGAAUGGACUGGCACUUUGCUGAACGUAAUAAUGCGUAACUCCGAAAGCCUUGUUUUAGACAUUGAAUUUCGGUCGCGUGAAAUGCAACUAAGACAAUAGAUAAUGAAGGCCGAAGCUUAAUGAGGUUUAUCAUCUCAUUAUUGUCUUAGCACUGAGUGCAUAAAUUAUACACGUCCUAAUUACGCAUUCAGUAAUAUUUUUUGUUAAUUGACCGGGAAAAGCAAGACAAAAUUUUGUUCAUUUCUCGUUCAAUUUUUAGCCAAAUUCAACCAAAUUUUAAUCAGUUCUUCCUUAGCCGAUGGGAAAUGCAUUCAAAAAAUUUCGUACGGAUAUGUUUGGUAUUUCUUGAGUUAUCGUGCUCACAGACAAACACACACACAUACACACACACACACAUACACACACACACACAUACACACACACAUACACACACACACACACACAUACAAACCCAGAUGAUUACAUAACCUCCUGGCGGAGGUAAUCAUGCUUUCCAUUUAUUGGGUUAAACAAAAUGUAUGAUAUAGAAUGCUAAAAUGCUUAGAACUCUCAAACUGAAGUGUUUUAUAUAUUUUUUUAGUUCGUACUUGAUCACAGUUCCGGCAACAUUUCGUCCAGGAAUGGCUGUCAACAUGAACAUCCUUAUUCUCCGAGCAAAGCCUCCCGAUGCUGCUGUGACAGUCAAUGCAACAUUCUUGAUUGAUUCUAAACGAAUUACAACUGCCUCUGGACAAUUUUAUGCAGGUUUGCAGUCAGCAUUGAUUUUACAAAGGUUGGAGUUAUGGUUUAAUAUUGUUGAUUAUUUGUUGUACCUCUUAAUUGUUAAUGGUCAGUGGUUAAUAUUAAGAAUUGUUAAUAGUUACUGUAAUAAUCUUAAUCUUGAUAUAUCAAUUAAUUAUCAGCUGUAUGAUUUCCUAAAAGUUCAUAUUUUCUCAUCUUUUCUUUUUGGCAAUAUAGGGCAGACAGGUUCACUUCAGCUUCAAGUGAGUUCAUUGAAUUUCUAGUCAGUUGAUCAGUUGGUUGCUGAUUGUUGGUCGUUCGGUUAUUCAGUCAGUGUGUUGUUGGUUGGUUGGUCCAUCAGUUGGGUGUUGCUUUUUCAGUCUGUCAGUUCACUGUUGGUUGUCAGUUCACAGUUGGUUGUCAGUUCACAGUUGGUUGUCAGUUCACAGUUGGUUGUCAGUCUGUCAGUUAUGUUGGUCUGUCGGCUAGUUAGUCCAUCAGUCAGUUGUUUAUUGACCAGUCAGUCUAUCAGCCAGUUGUUCAUUGGUCAGUACAUCAGUCGGUUAUUGCUUGGUCGGUUGGUCAGCCCAUCAGUCGGUUGGUCGGUCGGUUGGUCAGUCUAUCAGUUGGUUGGUCUGUCAAUCGGUCGGUCAGUCCAUCAGUCGGUUGUUGGUUGUUCGGUUGGUCAGUCCAUCAGUCGGUUGUUGGUUGUUCGAUUGGUCAGUCCAUCAGUCAGUUGUUUGUUUGUUCGGUUGGUCAGUCCAUCAGUUGGUUGUUGGUUGUUCGGUUGGUUAGUCCAUCAGUCGGUAGUUGGUUGGUCGGUUGGUCAGUCCAUCAGUCGGUUGGUCUGUCAAUCGGUCGGUCAGUCCAUCAGUCGGUCCAUCCAUCAGUCGUUUGUUGGUUGUUCGGUUGUUCAGUCCAUCAGUCGGUUGUUGGUUGUUCGGUUGGUCAGUCCAUCAGUCGGUUGUUCGGUUGAUCAGUCCAUCAGUCGGUUGUUGGUUGUUCGGUUGGUCAGUCCAUCAGUCGGUGGUUGGUUGGUCGGUCGGUCAGUCCAUCAGUCGGUUGUUGGUUGGUUGGUUGGUUGGUCAGUCCAUCAGUCGGUUGGUCACUUGGUCAGUCCAUCAGUCAGUUGUUGAUUGGUCGGUUGGUCAGUCCAUCAGUCGGUUGUUGGUUGUUCGGUUGGUCAGUCCAUCAGUCGGUUGUUGGUUGGUCGGUUGGUCAGUCCAUCAGUCGGUUGUUGGUUGUUCGGUUGGUCAGUCCAUCAGUCGGUUGUUGGUUGGUCAGUUGGUCAGUCCAUCAGUCGGUUGUUGGUUGUUCUGUUGGUCAGUUAGUUGUUGGUUGGUCAGUUGGUCAGUCCAUCAGUCAGUUGUUGGUUGGUCGGUUGGUUGGUCAGUCCAUCAGUUGGUUGUUGGUUGGUCGGUUGGUCAGUCCAUCAGUCGGUUGGUCAGUCCAUCAGUCAGUUGUUGGUCAUUCCAUCCAUCAUUUGGGUGUUGGUCAUUCAGUUGGCCAGUCAGUAUGUAAGUUGGUUAGUCUGUCAUUCGGUUGUUGGUUGGUCAGACUGUUACUACAUGCGUCAUUUGGUUGUAGGUCGAUCAGUUGGUCAAUCAGUGCGCCAGUAAACCUUAAGGUGUCUGCAAGACAGAACAUUUCCCAUUGAACUAUUUUUGUAUACUGUAUUUUGUCAGAUUCCCUCAGAGGGUUUUCCAGAGAACAGCGUGAGCUACCAAACAACCAAACAUCUAGAAGUUAUUGGAUCGGGUGGUUUGACAUUUAACGAGACCAAAUCACGUUCAGUCAAGUUCGUCAAGAAGGGAGUUACGAUUUAUGUCCAAACCGACAAAGGCAUUUAUAAACCUGGACAAACAGGCAAGUUUUGUUGAAGCCUUUUCUGACAAGGUUGCAGGCCUUAAAAUAUCUUUUCCAGGGCUGUCUGACAAAAUGUCCGGUGACGUUGAGUUUGGGUCGGACAUAUGUCCGAUGACCUUCAGUUCAGUUUUGACUCGGAAAUAAGUCUGAAUGGCACAAAUGAAUAUCAGCACAAUGUAUUAAUUCUGAACGGUAAAUGUUGUGAAGAUAUUAAAUAAUUUGUCUCAUAUCAUUCAUACUUAUUUCCAAGCCAAAAUCAACUUGCUUGCAAGAACAGCAGUAAGACUUCGACAACUUUUAAAUCGGGCUUAAAAGCCCGUUUUCCACUUCACCAUUUCGUUCGCACGUCGCCGCCCCGUGCUCGAUUAGCUACGUUAAAAAACAUUUCCAGUUCACUUUUUAUGCAAUACUCAAUAGUCCUCCCUCUGAUUUUCCAUUUGACAUACGAGCCUUACUCCUGAUUGAUUUACGUUGGACAAAGCUACAGUUUGGUCGGACACCAACACACUCGAGUCGGACAAACAGUAAACCUAAGUUUCACUUACGUCGGACAGAAUGUCCGGUGGCUUUCUCUCUACGUCGGACAAUUUCACGAAUGGGUUGGACAAUGUCCAUGACCGACCGAUAUUUUAAGGCCUGAGGCUGACAGGUUAUAUUGUCUGGAAAAAAGACGAAGGAUUGAAAUGAUUUAAUUAAUCGAACCAAAAUAGCCCAUCACAACACAAAAAUAUUUUUAAUGCAUAAUUUUAAUCUUAAAUUAUUUUCUACGCAGUUCACAUGAGAAUUGUUGCUGUGUAUCCAUCUUUGAAAGUUCACACUGGAAAGGUAUGUACUACUAUUUCUGACAACAGAUAAUGUCAUUUCAUUUUGUUGUAAUGCACCGUUUCGAUAAUUACGUUACAACUACACUGUUUUCAACUUAGGACCACCUUAAAUGGAAAGGAUUUCAAGUUUUUUUCGCAUGGGCUUUGCACAGAAAAGCAGAACAUCCUUUCUCAAGUUCUGCUUCUCUGUGCAUAGCCUAUGAGAAAAGAACUUGAAAUCCUUUCCAUUUAAGGUGGUCCUAUGUUGAAAACAGUGUAGUUGUGACAUAAUUAUCGAAAGGGUGUAUUGAUAUAAAAUUAUUUAUUUUUUUAUUUUUAUACUUUAUAUAGAUGACACUUACCAUAUCAGUAAGUAAAAUUUUAUAAGAAUAAUAAAAUCUUACUAAUCCUACUUUGUUAUUUUACUCUGUUUAACCUCACUCCUCAGACGAUUAUUGGACCUAUUACCUAAUGAACAAAAUUUUGAUCUAGACAAGUCUAGACAAACAUUUCAUCACGGCUUGAAAGAGCAUCACAAAAUUAGAAAUAUUCCGAAGUUUCGUUGCGAAAUGUUGUAAAAUGCGGAUAAUAUAGCCCUGCGAUGUUUGCCGUUUUUCAGUCAUUUUGUAUUACGCACGGGAAAUUGAUACCUUUUUUCAGAAAGCGGUAUCAAUUUCCCGCGCGUAAUACAAAAUGACUGAAAAACGGCAAACUUCGCAGGGCUAUAAUAUCCGCAUUUCACAACAUUUCGCAACGAAACUUCGGAAUAUUACUAAUUUUGUGAUGCUCUUUCAAGCUGUGGUGAAAUUUUUGUCUAGGCUUGUCGAGAUCAAAAUUUUGGUUAUUAGGGAAUAGGUCCAUAGGGAGCUAUGCAAGCAAGGGAGUCGUUUUUGUCAAGACGGACUGGAUUAAACUACUGUGUUUGUGUCAGUUUGUGGUAAUCUUCAACGCAUAUGACAAAACAUAAGAUUUUUAAAGUUUUUUGCUUCCUUGCACGAGGGCUCUGAUGCAAAAUGCCGUCAGAAUUUGUUAUACCAAUGGGUGAUUCUAGCUAGAGACUAAAUUUUGAUCAAAGCAAGAAGAACGAAAUCCAACACCACAGCUAGAAAGAGCGUCUUAGAAUGAGUAAAACUGCAAAGAUUGGUUGCUAAAUGUUGUAAAAUGAAGAAAAUAUAGCCCUGUGAAGUUCGCAAAUUUUGUAUAUAUUUGUAUUACGCGCGGGAAAAUAACCACUUUCGGCUCAAAAAAUGGUUAUUUUUCCCGCGCGUAAUGCAAAUAUAUACAAAAUUUGCGAACUUCACAGCGCUAUAUUGUCUUCAUUCUACGACAAUUCGCAACCAAACUUUGCAAUUGCACUCAAUUUAAGAUGCUCUUUCCAGCUAUGGUAAUGGUUUCGUCGUUCUUGUCUAGAUCAAGAUUUCGCCUAUGCCUGGAAUCAUCAAUUUUCGGGUGACAAAAACGUCGCUUUGGUUAAAUUCAGUAGUAUAAUUAGACUAAAUUGAAAGUAAGCGAAUACUGUGAAUGUGUUUUUGUUCCAACGUACUUGUAGGAUCCCAAGAAUAAUAAACUUGCCAUGUGGAAAGACGAGAACACCGCUUCAGGUGAAAUUUUUAUUCUUUUCAAUGUUGUUCAUCCAAAAUUUCGAAUCAUCACAACUUCAAUACUAAAUACUAUUUGACACAGGUGUGGUUUCGAAAGAUUUUGAAUUGUCAUCUCAACCUAACAUUGGCAAGUGGAAAAUUUCAGUUGAUAUUGAGGUACAAUUCAACGCUUGGUCUAUUAAAUUGAUGCAAUGCCAAUGAAUUGUAAUAUUGAAAGACGAUGAACUCCAUGGAUAUCAGUGUUAAACUGUUCUUCCUAGAGGUCCAGUAAGGAUCAUCUCUUAUUGAUCCAGUGUUACUAUAGGAGGAAACCUAAACUAAACUAACUUUAUUUACAGUAUACUAGAUAGCUCUAUCAGUUCUAAACUGUUCUUCCUAAAGGUUCAGUAAGGAUCAUCUCUUAUUGAUCCAGUGUUACUACAGGAGGAAACCUAAACUAAACUAUAAACUUGUGCAAUUUUCUGUAGUCUAAAGUUUCAUGUUCUCUGCACAUGUAGUUUCUUUGGAGACACCAACUUGCCUCCUGACAAAUCGCAUCAAGAUAGUGACUCUGAUUGAUUUACAUAUUGUAUUGAUAUAUAUGACUGUUGGCAUUGCUUUUUAGUCUUACAUACAGUAUAUGAGUGAGUCAUUUUUUGGAAAUGACAAUGUUAUUUUUUAUUACUCAACCCUUGACUCUUGAGUUGUUUUGUUUUUCAUUUACCCAACCUGUUACUCACUCAAAAUUUUGUUUACCCAACCCUUUUCUCUUCGGUUUCCCCCCCCCCCUGCCAUAAAUAAUGACCCGUCCCUAAACCACUACUCUAUCAACACUCUCUAGGGUCAAACGAAAGAAACGACAUUUGAAGUCAAGGAAUAUGGUAAUUAUUUGAAUUCUGGAUGGAGUAUAUAAAUUAUAAUUCCUUCAUGAAGAAAAUGCGAAAACGUAAUUGUUUCUUUUAGUUCUUCCGAAGUUUGAAGUGAAAAUUGUGGCGAACAGCUACGCUUCGAAGGGAAACGGUGAAAUACGGGGAACUGUUACAGCAAAGUAAGAAAAAUAGUUAGUAGCAAAUGAUAGUGAAUGGCAGAAAUUUUGAUACUUAUAGAAGAAAAUUAACCAAUAAUAUUUCUUUUCCAGAUACACCUACGGAAAAAAUGUUGAAGGCAAAGCAAAACUGUCCGCUUAUUUUCCAUGUUAUAGCCGUGAGUGUGAGAAAUAUGAAUUGAAUUUUGAAGUAAGUGAACAACUAGGUAUAGUUGUAGACUAUUCUCUUAAAUGUAUAAAAAUGUAUACUUGACCUUUUAAAUAGUUCUAUCAGUUCCGCGAACUGUUCUCCUUAGAGGUCCAGGAAGGGUUUUUGCAGAAAAUUAGAAACAAUAGGGACCAUUUCCCUUGACAAGUUUUGUUGCACAGAAUGUUGUUAAAUUCACUCAUGAUAAGGCCGCCUUUUGUUUGUCAAAACCAUAGAAGUAUUUCUUGCACACUUGACAAGUUUUUCUGGACGGCCGUACACACGAACAAAUUUUCCUUGUUCAAAAGCUGACAUGACUAACUUUGAAACAAGGUUCCUAGGCAUGGCAAAUUUAUCAAUUUUUUUCCGUACCCAUGAGCAAAUAAAACUUGCUCAUCAGCCAUCUGUACAAAGCUUUGAAUAAGAUUUAUUCUAAAUAUUCAAUAGUAAAAAUUUAGUUCUACAAUAUUAUGUAAAAUUUAAAAGUUAAAAGAUAAAUUGUCGCUAUAAAAAGGUAUUCUUGUUCCACGUAGGCAUAACAGGGCUGACCUAAUGGACCUUUCCCCUUAUAACUAAAAUUUCGAUCUAGACAAAAAUUUCAUCACAGCUUGAAAGAGCAUCACAAAAUUAGUAAUAUUCCAAAGUUUCGUUGCGAAAUGUUGUAAAAUGCGGAUAAUAUAGCCUUGCGAAGUUUGCCGUUUUUCAGUCAUUUUGUAUUACAAAUGGGAAAUUGACAUCCGAUUCGGGUGUUGGGGCUGCAAUUUCCCGAAAACUUCGCAAGGCUCUCUUUUCCUCAUUUUUCCUCAUGUUAUAAGCCCUCUUCUUUUCCGUUUCAUGUCGAUGUAAGAUAUUCUCGAUUGGUUGGGAUUUGUUUGACGUGGCAUUUACGUGUGCAACUCUAACGUCAAAAAAUGCACAUUGGCCUUGCCUAUAAUCCUAUAUAUUAUAUCGAGAUGAGCGAAAGUUUAGAGUAUACAUUUACUUUAUAAAAUAUAUAACGUUUGUACUAUAAUUUUUCAGAUGGAUGGCAGUCAUUCAUUUGUAAUAUCGAAAGAAAGAAUCACAAAAUUAUACCCUUACUCCUAUGGUGACCCGUAUAGCAAUAAUUAUGGCUACCAAGUUGUCCUAAAUGCAUCAGUGACAGAGAAACUUACGCAAAAAACAUAUUUUGGCGAGGCUACCGUUAAGACAUACAAAAGUGCCGUUGCUCUCAAAUACGCCGAAUCUAAUCCUAAAGCUUAUAAAGCCGGCUUUCCAUUCCAAGCGCUGGUAAGUAAGUUUUUACCAUGCAGGGUCGUCCCUCUUGGGGUCGAGAGAAGACCGUACUAGUAGCUGUACGUUCACUUGAUCUGCUAAAAGCUAGCAGAUGUUCUAUGGACGAUUCCCGAGCUAUUAUAUAUGCUAAAUUUUUAUCUAGGCAAGAAUAACGAAAUCCAUCACCAUAGCUAGAUAGAGCGUCUUAAAAUUAGUAAGAUUGCAAAGUCUGAUUGCGAAAUGUUGUAGAAUGAGGAAGAUAUACAUGUAGCCCUGCGAAAUUUGCAAAUGUUGUAUUAAUUUGCGUUAUACGCGCGGGAAAAUGCACUACAUUUGGGCCGAAAGUGGUGCAUUUUCCCGUGCGUAAUACAAAAUAAUACAAAAUUUGCAAAUUUCGCAGGGCUAUAUUUUCCGCAUUUUACAACAUUUCGCAACCAAACUUUGCAAUUGUACUAAUUUUAACAUGCUCUUUCUGGCUGUGGUGAUAUAUUUAAAUAAUUUACUAAGAAUAUUAUACCCACAUUCAAAGAACAUCUUUCAGAGGAAGGUAUGAGAACCGCUUAUGAUUCGCUGUGAUGAAUCUAUUACAAACAAUUGCAAAAGUGUACCGAAAUUUAAGAAUGUCGUGGUAAUAUAUUAUGCCUUGACGGAAAAAUAACAAUAUCCAAUCUUUUUCUUUCCCAAUAACCAUAACCGUUGAAAUAAAUUACCUCCUUUGGGUUGGUGGAGGAUUUACAGUAUUGUUUUAAUUUUUCCCAGAUCGAAGUAACUCGUCCUGAUGGCAGCCCAGUGCCUAAUAUUCUUGUGUCAGUCUCAUCCACAACGUACCCCGGUAGUCAAGAGUUAUCUAAAGCCUACACAAGCGAUGAAAAUGGUUAUGUUAUCUUCCAACGAACGAUUGGAGAAGAUGUGACCAGCUUAAAUAUCAAUGUAGGUCUUUAUUAUGAACUGAAAGUGUUUAUCUAAACGUAUACAAAAAUUAUUUCACACACAGCUACAGUAUAUUGUAGGAGCUGCUGCCGUUUCGCAUUUAAUAGCCAACACAACUAAAAAUAUUUACAUACAACAACAUAAUUAUCUUAGAAAACCCCACAACCAGCUCUGAAUUCCAGGUCUUAAAAGAAAAACAACAUAUUAUACUUUUAAGUAUUCAACAACAUAGCAGCAACAAAAUGCGCUUCCCCAACCUGCACCGCCCGAUUAUAUUAAUCCAUCCCCCAGCAGUGUGUGAGAAAACAUUGUCAAACUAUUCUGUCACCAACACCGCCUUAGAUAUUCCGAAUCAGGGUGGGAGAAUGAUACAGUAAAUGAACGAGAAGAAACUACUCCACAUGCAGUAAUCUUUAAGAACUAAUUUGUUAAAUCUGCGUUCUUCUUAGGCAAAAGCUAAGGAUGAGUUUGGAGAAGAAGUCACUUUAUUCAGACGUGUCUCUAAAUUCAGGUCUGAUAGCGAAACAUACUUGACCGUGACGGCUGAUAAAUAUGAAGUCGAGGU